UUUUGUAUACAUCCCUACAGUAUGACAUAUUUGAAAUAUUAAGUCAGAUUGUUAUAACGAUUUGAACUCGAUUAUUAUAAUGGCUGGACUCCAAUGAAACCAGAGGACCAACUGCUCAUUGUACUAGUGAAGUUAAAACUCAAUCUGCGGGACAUUGACUUGGCUCAUAGAUUCUGUGUCAGUCGACCAACAGUUUUGAACAUCUUUCAUACCCUUGUUCAUGCACUACACAAGAUGCUGUCUGAUGGCGUAGUAAAUGAAUCUUUUCCAAGUCAACUUAAAUGCAAAGGGUCUCUGCCAAAAUCUUUUGAGGAUUUUUCCUCUGCUAGAGCAUCCAUGGAUGCAAUUGAAACAACCCAGGACAUCCCAACACAUAUGGACAAUCAGGCCAUGGCCUACAGUAUGUACAAAAGUCGCCAUACUGUUAAAGCAGUGAUUUGCAUGGCUCCAAACGGUGCACUUACAUUUUGCUCCAUGCUGUACCCAGGUUCUACUUCUGAUGUAGCUAUUGUACGUCACAGCCAAGUUUUACGAAAGUUCGAAGCUGGAGACCUUAUUUUGGCGGACAAAGGUUUCACCAUUCAUGACCAGUUGCCCCAGGGUGUCUGCUUUAAUAUACCAGCUUUUUUAUCGACACGAGGCCAGUUUACCAAACAAGAAGCAGCACUGUGUUACAAGAUUGCUAAAGCACGUAUUCAUGCGGAAAGAGCCAACGAGAGGAUAAAGAAUUACAAGAUUCUCCGUCACAUCCCAUCUACUUACAGACCAAUCUCAACAAAAAUAUUUCAACUCUGUUCUUGUCUUGUAAACUUGCAAGCUCCACUUUUGAAAGAAAUUACUUAUUUUAAAUUUGCAUUGGUGUGUGACAGUAUGUUUUUAUUACAAGAAUGUUUGGCAAUUCCAUUCUUCAUUUGACAAUAUAAUUUGGAAGAGGGUUUACUUAUAAUUUUAAAUCUCUAGUUUCAUGUAUAUUUACCUUUAAAGCACAACUCAACAAAUUCAUGUUUUCAACAAUUUAUUUAUUA